CAAACUGAAGGAAAUACCUCGCUCAGAAAAUCAGGAGGACUCCUUUUUAAUUUUCCUUCGGAAAAGCUGCUUGCCUUCUGAAAGCGGGCGACAGCGGAGAAAAUGAAGCUGAGCCCGCAAUUUUUGUUAGCUGGUUUUCUGUCUCUGAUUCUGCAGAUGGGGAUUUGCUAUGGAAUAAAAUGGAUAGCUCUGUCCAAGACUCCUGCAGCUUUGGCCCUGAAUCAAACCCAGCACUGCAAGCAACUUGAAGGCCUGGUGGUUUCCCAGGUGCAGCUGUGUCGAAGCAACCUGGAGUUAAUGCAGACCAUCAUCCAGGCGGCACGGGAAGUGAUAAAGACCUGCCGUAAAACUUUCUCAGACAUGCGGUGGAAUUGCUCUUCCAUUGAUCUGGCUCCUAACUACCUGCUGGACUUAGAGAGAGGCACAAGAGAGUCAGCAUUUGUGUAUGCACUUUCUGCUGCCGCCAUCAGCCACACCAUUGCCAGAGCCUGCACAACCGGGGACCUCCCUGGCUGUUCCUGUGGUCCCAUCCCAGGUGAGACACCUGGACCUGGGUAUCGAUGGGGAGGAUGUGCAGACAACCUCAACUAUGGUCUUAUCAUGGGGUCCAAAUUUUCAGAUGCUCCCAUGAAGAUGAAAAAAUCAGGAUCACAAGCCAAUAAACUGAUGCAUCUGCACAACAGUGAAGUAGGGAGACAGGUCUUGAAAGCCUCUCUUGAAAUGAAAUGUAAGUGCCAUGGAGUUUCUGGGUCAUGCUCUAUCAAGACCUGUUGGAAAGGCCUUCAAGAGCUGCGAGACAUUGCAUUGGACCUCAAAAACAAGUAUUUAUCAGCCACCAAGGUUGUUCACCGGCCCAUGGGCACACGCAAAUACCUCGUGCCGAAGGAUAUUGAUAUCAGGCCGGUUAAGGAGACAGAGCUGAUCUACUUGCAGAGUUCGCCUGAUUUCUGUAUGAAGAACGAGAAGGUGGGGUCACAUGGGACCCAGGACAGGCAAUGCAACAAGACCUCCAACGGGAGCGACAGCUGUGACUUGAUGUGCUGCGGCAGAGGCUAUAACCCCUACAUGGACAAAGUGGUGGAGCGGUGCCACUGCAAAUAUCACUGGUGCUGCUACGUGACCUGUAAAAAGUGCGAGAGGACUGUCGAGAGAUACGUGUGCAAAUGAGACCCGCCUCGCUCCGACCAGGAGCUGAGACGCCAGCGGCACCCAAGCACUAUUCACAGAAGACAAAACAUUUCCCUGACUAGAUGUCGUUUAUCUUGUAAAGAUACAGACUUGAAGAGAGAUGGUAGGAGGAGAAAGCAAUUAUACAAGCAAAAAUAGGACCCUUAAAAAAAAAAUGUAAAGAGUGGGAGGUUUUCCCACCAAUAAAAUGAUCUCUGAGAAGACAAAACUCAUUUGGGAUGGUAUCUUCUUCCAAAAUAUUUCCUAUGGUUGCCAAUGACGUCCAGCCAUCAAGUGCCUAAAUAUUUUGAGAAACAAAAGUAGAAAUUUUCCCAAGGGGAAGAAAAACAACUCUUAUUUGAAAAUAACUAAGGCCCACACCUGCUUAUGCCUUCUAGUGCAGGUAUUGGGUCUGCAUUAGGACCAUCCCAGAAGGGAAAACACUACAACGUUUCAGCAACAACCGUAUUUGUUGCCAAAGACUUAAUUUUUAGCAUGGAAGCAUCCACUCAGGAUGACAAAGGUGGAAAGAUUUUCAGGUUACUCCCCUGAAACGAACCAAUCAUUUUAACCUUUCUUUUAUGCAGGUCUGUGACUUCAAAGCUACUGCUGCAGGAGAAGCUUCCCCCCGUUUUAUUAGAGCUGAUUUCGAACUCAGCUAUUGACAAAAACCCAUCAGAUACCAAAAGCAGUGAGGGUAGGAUACCCUGAGGAGGGCUUUGGGGGCACGAGGUCCACAGGAUCGUAGUGGAGCUGGCAGGAUGCAGUAACAAAGUCAAAGAGAAAAUAAAAAACAAUUCCCGCUCGCUUUCUCUGUUGCCCUUUGGAUGUUACGCCCUUAAUUACUGUCGCUCCACUGUGUUGGGCCACCACGUCCUUAGGAAAUCUGCCGCUGCCUCUUUUCCCCCAGCAAAGCUGUUGACUGAGCACUGAGAAACUCCAGGGUCCUUAGCACUGCCCAGCCCCGGCUCUCAAAAGUGCAGGCAUGAAGGUUAACAGCUAAUUCUCAGCAGACCAAAGUGGGAACAUGUGAAUCUUUCACGUGGCCCUGCCCUGACACAGCAAAGAACCACUAUCUGUGGCUGUACAUAU